UUCUCCCAGACCAUUGUCAGUGGCGCUGUCGUGUUUAUAGGUUGAACUUUAAUUUAGUGAUACAUCAUGUUUCGGAUCAUAACGGUAGCUCGUUUUCUGUUGUCGUUUUUGGCUCUGAUCCAGUUGUGUCGUCAAGGUGAAGCAUGGCAGUGUAGUAGCUGUGAAGUUCCAUAUAAAGCUCGUGGUUGCUAUGGGGACAGUCCUGCACGUGUAUUUAACGUACAAGUCCUGAACGAGCGAGACCCAAGGAGUAAAGUCUAUGGCGGACGGAGGAUUGAUUGGAGUGACUGGAAUAGGUACAUGGAGGGUUUUGCCUGUAGAUGCGCUAAGCUUGUCAAAGCUAAAGGGUGGACUGUCUUUGGUUUGCAGUUUUAUGGGGAAUGCUGGAGUGGACCUGAAGGAAGUUAUGAUCUUGAGAGUAUGAAACAAAAAUCUACCUGUAUCUCGAAUGAUUAUAAGAAAUGCGGGAAGUUUGACAGAAACUGUAUUGGAGAACAGUGGACUAACUUUGUGUUUGAACUCGAAUCUGACUGUGAAAUAGAUUUUGAGAGAAUUGGCUGCUUCAAAGACAACAAGAGGAAUCCACGCCCUCUUCCUGAAUAUGAAAUGACAGACAGAGAGUCCAGACUGAAGAUUUACAGUGGACAGCCUAUAGAUUGGAGGAACUGGGAUGUGUAUCUGCCAAGAUUUGUCUGUCGCUGCGCAAAGUUAGCCAAAGAGAAAGGCUUCAAAACGUUUGGAGUUCAGUAUUAUGGUGAAUGCUGGAGUGGUCUGGGAGGAGAAAGGACUUAUAGUAAGCUGGGCCUGUCUGGGAACUGUGUAGACAAGUGUUUUGACAAGUGCAAGCCCUUUGAGAAACACUGCUCAGGGAAAAACUUUGCGAAUGCAGUCUACCGACUUUCAGAUGCCGAAUGUGAGAUACCACACGAGGCUGUUGGUUGUUAUGGUGAAGUCUCGUACCCCAAACGCGCCCUCCCUGACGAACUUGUGAAUGAGGUGAAGCCUUAUAGUAAGGCAUUCAACGGAGUGAUUAUGGAAUUUGGGGACACCUGGAAGGAAGGUUUCAAGAAAUUCCUAUGCAGAUGUGCGAGGAAAGCUGUGCUAAAAGGGUACACCUUGUUUGGUGUUCACGAACAUGGUGAAUGUUGGAGCGCAAGUAAUGCUGAGGAAACUUACAACAAGUAUGGCGCAUCAGAUCAGUGUUUCCAGAACUUUAACCAAACUUGUACCGCAGGCUCCAGCACUUGCGCCGGAGGCACGAAUGCCAAUUUUGUCUACAGGAUUGUCAUGCGAUAAAGCGUGAUUUAUUGUAAUAACAAUAAA